UUGUCCUGUCAUCUAUCCUCAUCCGUUUUCUCGCCUGUUCUCGUCUGUCCAGAUGCUCCCCGUGUCCAGCGUCUGGCGGCUGGGUGCAGCUGGACUCUCAGGACGGCCGGCCUGGAUGCUGGCCAGCCGGUGUCCCUCCCGUCGUACGCCCUGGACGCUCUGGCUGAUCAGGUGUGUAAGGACCUGGGCUGUGGGGGGGUCUACAGGGUGGACAGGACCCCCCCGACGCCCGGCGCCGCCUGCCUCCGGCACUGCACGCUCAGAGGACGCCACCUGAUCAACUGCACCCGGGACGCCGCCGGCCACUGCCCCGCGCUGGACCAGGUGGUCUGUGGUGACCAGCAGGUGCGUCUGGCCGGCGGCCCGGACCGCUGCGCCGGGCGGGUGGAGGUGUGGCGAGGCGGGCAGUGGGGCACGGUGUGCGACGACCAGUGGGACCUGAGGGACGGCGGGGUGGCGUGCGGCCAGCUGGGCUGCGGCUUCGCCCUCAGCGUGACGGGGCAGGGCGGGGCCUUCCCCCCCGGCAGGGGGCCCGUCCACCUGGAUGAGCUGGGCUGCUCCGGCCGGGAGCCCAACCUGUGGGCCUGCCCGGCCGCCCGCAACCAGUCCGACUGCGGGCACAAGGAGGACGCCGGCGUGGUGUGCUCAGAGAUGAGGGCCAUCCGGCUGACUGGGGGCCUGGAUCGCUGCUCUGGGAAAGUGGAGAUCCAUCGUAACGGCAGCUGGGGGGAGCUGUGCGACAACUGCUGGGACGAAGACAUGGCCUCCAUGGUCUGCUCCCUGCUAAACUGUGGGGAAACGCCCCAGAAAUACACUGCCUUUUUGCCUCCUUUCAGCCGCAACGAGGAGACACCGUUUUACUAUUAUUCAUGUGGAAAGGACCAGAGUCUCUGGCAGUGUGAGGAGCAUAUCAAUCACCCUUAUUAUUGCAUUAGCUCCAAACCCUCUGGUGUCAUCUGCAACGAAGCGUGGACCCGGCUGGGGCCGGCUGCUGGUGCUGGGCCCAGCUUCCCGUCCCUGGAGCUCCUGAGCUGCAUGGUCCUGUCCGUGGUGCUCCUCGUCUUCCUCAUCAUCAACACUGUGCUCUGCUGCCUCUACCGAAGAAGAAACGCUUUUUUACUGCAGCAGACGCGCACCAACCAGAGCCGGCCUUCCACUGGACGUCCCCAGAACGACCACAAAGAGGCCGUCAACCUGGUCAAAGUCACAGCCCACCCCCAGCACGCGGAUGAUUCUCAGCGGCACAAAACGGAGGUUUUGCCUUUGAAGCCUUCAGGUCUCUACAGUCUCUGUGAAGAAAGCCCAAAUCGUCCAAACGAAGCCUUCAAAAACCUAAAUGGAGUCCCAGAACCCACCUACAGCAGAGUGUCAAAGAUUUCAGAGGACUCGUUCGACUCCUCCAGCACCUCCUCCGGCGAAAGCUACGAAAACUUAAAUGCAAACUAUGUGAACUUCACUCCAGAUGCUGGAGCGGAGCUGGGAGCCUUCAGCUACCCGCCCCCCCCGGAGGCCCUGCUCCCCGCCGGAGCCCCGGACGGUUCAGAUGACGACUACUCCCCCGUGAGCCCCGACUGAAAACCCACCAGGACGCCGUCCAGGACGCCGUCCAGGACGCCGUCCAGGAGCCGGGAACGCUCGCACCCGGGUUCAGAUGCAGGCGUCCACAGCGGCUCCGAAACCACCGAAAAAAAGGCUGUUUAGGCAAGUUUUUUCAGUCACAAACUCAGAAAAAUCCAUGUGUGUCAGAAUUUUUUUUGCGAGUUGAGUAAAGCUGAGCUGAGCUACAGUCCCCUUUAAAGCAUGUGUGUGUCAUACAGGAAGCAAACUCAGGAAAUCAAACUAUUAUUGCGAAUGUGAAAGAAAAUGUGAUUGUGUAGAAAUAAAGAAUAAAGAAUGUUUUAAGGAAAGCUUUGCUUGACUUGUUGAAACUCUGUUCUGUUACACUAUGAGGAAAAUGAAUGUUUUGUCUUGUUAUAAAAGUGUUUCGAAU